AGCAUCACCACUCCGAGUGCGCAACUUGGACAAAUAACUACAGUGUCCGAGGAGCCGCUGUGUGCUCUUAGAGGAGAGGAGCUCUGCGUCUCACUCCAUGAGGGCGUAAAUGAACCCAAAGCAGCGAUUCCUGUGGAUUCUGCCGCCUAACAGAUGAAAGCCAUGGCUCUGAUGAAGAAACACACAUUCCUGAUCAUCAUGGGUUUGAUAAUAAGGAGCACCUUCCCCGUCUCGUCUGACACGUUCCAGGAGGAUUUCUCCGAUCAGCUGUUUGACUCUACUACAGAAGAUGACAGACAAAUUACCUCCUGUGAUUUUGAAUCUUUGUGCCUCUGGACUUUGUCCUACAACCUCAAUCACACCGACUGGUCCGUGGUGUCACCACAGCUACUACAGGGAGCCAAAUUAAGGAAAAUCCCUCCAACCGACCACUCUGUGGGGACGUCUGAUGGAAACUUUCUUCUUCUAAGCACCACAUCAGAAGCGGGUCCCACUGGUAGAUGUCAAUACCACCUAACCAGUCCUGUCUUACCUGGAAGCAACAGACAGUGCAUCUUGCAGGUGGCGCUGUGUGACACGCAACCAACGCAAGGGAACCUGACAAUCCUGAUCAAGCCAAUUAUGUCCGAUUUACCAAAUCGCUCUGAGACAUUCAGCCACAGGAGACGGGAUGACCGCAGGCCUGAGUGGCAGGUUCUUGAAGCUGUGAUCGGUCAGAUGAAUGAGCCCUUUCAGGUGACCCUGCUCUACACUUCCUGUGUGCCUGAGGAGAGGAUGGUGGCUUUGGACUCUCUGGACUUCAUACACUGUGAAUCAGAUGAUGAGGACGAGGACCUGCAUCCAGCGUGUGGAGAAUCCUUCCACUGUGAAAACUCGGGCAGCUGCAUCAACCAGAGCAAAGUGUGCAACUUCCACACGGACUGUCCCCUUGGAGAGGACGAAGGUUUCAUUUGUGAUGGUUUACCGUUUGGCUCAUACUGUUCGUUUGACUGGGAUUUAUGCGGUUGGUCUGCAAUCAGCCAGCACUCAGGCUGGAGGAGGAUCGCUGGAAAUGAGCUCCUCCACAAGGAAAACAUGCAGGGCAUCACUCUGCAGCGCACUCCAGGGUACUUUUUAUUUUUGCAGGUUGGACAGAGUAAUUCUUUACGAAAGGCUGCCAUUCAGAGCUCCUCUUUCCCACGUCCGAUCUCUACAACCGGUUGCCAGAUGCGUUUCUCCCUCUACAUAUAUGGACUUUUUAAUGGUUUUCUACAAGUGGCCAUAGAGGAACAUGGAACCGACACGGCACUACUAAUCUGGGAGAGACAUGGCCAGUGGACGGACGACUGGGAAGUUGUUGCUCUGGAGCUAACCGACCUUCAACAUGGGUUCCAUAUUAAGGUGACAGCUGAGUGGAAACAAGGCUCCAGUGCUGAUGUUGCUCUUGAUAAUAUUGCAGUUGGAGCAGCCUGUUUCAGCAAAGAUCUAAACUCUCUGCUGCAAAUGACUGAUUUGGAUUUCUUGACUCCUCUUCCAGAACCAUCAGUCUCAGAAGUUUCUCUGAUGACGUGGUGGUUUAACUCAUGCGGUGCCAGUGGACCUCAUGGCCCGACUCAAGCUCAAUGUGACAGCACCUACAGGAACAAAAAUGUCAGCGUUUCCGUCGGGAAAGAAGGUUCUUUGAAAGGAGUCCAGAUGUGGAAGGUCCCAGACACUAACCGGUAUCUGAUCUCCGCAUAUGGAGCUGCAGGAGGAAAAGGAGCCAAAAACCACAACAAACGCAACCAUGGAGUUUUUAUAUCUGCCAGUUUCCCUCUAGAGAAAGGAGAAACACUCUAUAUCUUGGUGGGGCAUCAAGGAGAAGAUGCAUGCCCGGGGAGAAAUCUCCUCACCCAGAAGAUCUGCCUGGGAGAGUCUUCUGUCAUUGAAGACCACUUCAGGGUGGAUGCUGGCGCAGAGUGGGCAGGUGGAGGAGGGGGUGGGGGAGGAGCCACCUACGUCUUUAAGAGGGAGAAUGGUGUGCUGGUUCCUUUGCUGAUUGCAGCUGGUGGAGGAGGUAACGCAUACAUGGAGUCCAGUCUGGACCAGAUUACACUGGAGCAGUAUGAAAACAGCACCACAGCUCGAAGUACCAACGGACAAACAGGAAAAGCAGGUGGAGGAGGCGGCUGGAAGGACAACCCCAGCCCUCAUCUGACGGCUGGAAAGUCUUUGAUGGAGGGUGCAGUGGGGGGGUCUUCAUGCCCUUUGGCUCUGUCUAAACUUGGCUGGUCGACCUUUGGGGGUUUUGGUGGUGGAGGGGGAGCCUGCACUGCUGGAGGAGGUGGAGGAGGAUACAGAGGUGGUGACGCUGCACUGACAGAUGACAUCACAGCCGAUGGCCAGAACGGAGUUUCCUUUAUCCAUCCGCUGGGAGAGAUUUUCCUGCAGCCUCUGGCAGCAAUGGAGGGUCACGGUGAAUGCGAGAUCAAGGUGCAGCUCAACUGCAGCCACUGUAAGACACAAAGCUGCAAGCGAGAAGAGGAGAGCCACUUCCUCCUCUGCGUCUGUGAAGACGAUGAAUUCCUGGCCAGUGACAAUGUCACAUGCAUCAGUGCUGCAGCUGCACCCCCAAAGGGAGAGAUGUCCACACCCUUGGUCCUGGCCGUCGUUGUUUCCACGGUUGCGAGCGGCGUUGCUCUCGUCUGUACCGGCAUCAUCCUCAUGUGGUACCGCAGGAAGAACGACAUGCAUGCAGUGAGGUGGCGUCUGCAGAGUCCAGAGUACAAGCUGAGCAAGAUCCGCUCCUCCACUAUCAUGACUGACUACAACCCCAACUACUGCUUUGUCGGCAAGGUCGCCUCACUCAGCGAUCUGAAGGAAGUCCCUCGCCAAAACAUCACACUCUUCAGGGCUCUUGGUCACGGCGCAUUUGGAGAAGUUUACGAAGGACAAGUUCUUGGGAUGAAUCCUGAUGGUAGUCCGAUGCAAGUAGCCGUAAAGACUCUUCCAGAAAUCUGCUCUGAACAGGAUGAAAUGGAUUUCCUAAUGGAGGCUUUGAUUAUGAGCAAGUUCAGCCAUGAAAAUAUUGUGCGCUGCAUCGGCGUGAGUCUAAACAUCCUUCCCCGUUUUAUCUUGCUGGAGCUGAUGAUCGGAGGAGACAUGAAAACCUUCCUGAGGCAGAACAGACCGCGGACGGGCCAGGCAUCUUCACUCACCAUGCGGGAGCUGCUGCAAAUGGCCAGAGACAUCGCCAACGGCUGUCGCUACCUGGAGGAGAACCAGUUCAUACACAGAGACAUUGCUGCCAGAAACUGUCUGCUGACCUGCACUGGACCUGAGAGAGUGGCAAAGAUCGGAGACUUUGGCAUGGCUCGAGACAUUUACAGAGCCAGCUACUACAGGAAAGGUGGUCGUGCCAUGCUCCCUGUCAAAUGGAUGCCUCCGGAGGCUUUUGUGGAGGGAAUCUUUACCUGCAAGACUGAUAUUUGGUCGUUUGGAGUACUGCUGUGGGAGAUCCUGUCUCUGGGUUACAUGCCGUAUCCGUGUAAAACCAACCAGGAGGUGCUGGAGUUUGUGACCAGCGGAGGCAGAAUGGAUCCUCCCAAGGGCUGCCCAGGGCCCGUCUAUCGGCUUAUGACUCAGUGUUGGCAACACUGUCCCAAUCAGCGACCCAACUUCUCAACAAUCCUGGAGAGAAUCAACUUCUGCACCCAGGACCCCGAUGUGGUAAACGCACCUUUGCCUGUGGAAUGUGGACCCAACAUGGAGGACGAUGGAGGCACAGUGAUGCGUCCCUCUGUCUCCCCCUCCACAAGCAUUACUCCACUCCUGGUGUCCCAUUCCGUGUUCCAGGAUUCCCCAUCCCAGAUGGGAUUCUCCGCCAGAAGUUUUGGACCACCUACCCCUCCCCUACAACCCACCAAACCCCGCCUCCUCCUGCAGAAGACCCAGCCGAUCCACCACGAAGUGAUAUCCUGCUGCGAAGUGCUGGAGCCGUCCUGGGCCGUGACCGUCCCGGCACCCGAUUUGUCGGCAGGAGGCAACCGCCUCCACCCCGAGCCCCCGCACCACCAACCCUGCUCCAGGAGCAGUUCCUCCUCCGGGAGCCAGAAGCUCAAGAACAAGACCAAGAAUCUCUGGAACCCAACAUACGGUUCCUGGGUUUUGGAAAACUUCAAGGGAAGGAAAACACUGGCUCACACUCAGUCAGUGCCGCUGUCGAGCUCCACCCCCAACUCCCAGAGCUGCAGCCCGGCUUCAGAGAACAAAAGUGUCUGUGACAGCACCAGCAUCACCUACCUCAGCCCAAAUCCACCUCCAGCCGGCCCGAACCAGGCUCCACCAACCAAGUCCUCUGAAAAGACUCCAGCAGGGGGCUCAAAAGCCGGCGUGGACCUGGCGAAGCUUCAGAGUUUCCCCUGUGGGAAUGUCAACUACGCCUAUGAUGAGCAGAGCUUACCACUGGUUACAUCCAAAGCCCCAAAGCCCACCACAAACAGCAGUUCCCCUCUCAGUCUCAUCCCGGGAUCCAGCUUGGGUCUGACCACAGGGCCCCACGCGUCCUCAUCCCGGAAACCUAAACUCUUCCUAAAGCGUCACGCCAGCUAUGGACACGAAGACAUGAAGAGACACGUCAAAGCUGAGAAACCCACACGCGACCGAGACUCUGGCUUCUCCCUGUCAGAGGACCUGAGCAUUUACCACUCCUGAACAACAGCCCACUGACACUUUGAGGCAUUUAUCACCUGGAGAGCAUUUUUAGAGAUUCAAACUCUGAGUUUGGGUCUCCAAGGUCUGUCUCAGGCUUAAAACCAAAUCUGUGGAGCUCCUGGAAUGCUGGAAAACCCCAACAAAUGCUGUUUGAGCCCUUUGGGAGAUUUGUAGCUUAUCACUGAAACAAUGAGCAACACAGCAUGUCAUAGAUGCCAGAACCAACUGCUAGAUGAAUUCUAUCACACCAACACUGAAGUUUACUUUUUACCAUUUUUCUUUAAUGAUCAGGAUUGUUCAGAUGCUUUUAAGUCCCACUCCGAUCAUCUUUUGAUCAAUUUUAAAAGUGUUCCCAGUGGUCUUUUAAUUAGGAUUUUGCUGUAUUUAGGCCAACAUUUUUUUUAAAUUUGGAUAGUUUUCUAGGACAUAUUUUUUGCAAUAGUUCAUUAGAAAUUCACCUCUGGGUUGUUGGCAACACAGUGGAGCAACGCUGCCCCCCCUUCCCUUCCUGCUAGCUUACAGCCCUCAGCCCUUCACAACCCCAACCUAACAUUACGGGUGCAAAAAAAACAACUCACAAUAUUGGAACUGCAAUACAAUUUACAAUAGAGUUUACAACACAGUUUUGAGCCGGAUUUCAGCUCAGACCUGGAAAACAGAGACGUUCAUGGAUCUACAAGUGGAUGCUUCAGAAUGGAGCUGAGCAGGAAGCUUUUGGCCCACUGCGUCACAAAUAAUCUCUUUUUCCAUCUGCAUUUUUUGUAUCUUCUCCUGAUUCACAAAAUUUGAAUAAAGAAAUACUCAGAAAUGCCA